AUGUGGAACGCGACGCCGAGCGAGGAGCCGGGGCCCAACCUCACGCUGCCGGACCUGGGCUGGGACGCUGCCCCUGACAACGACUCGCUGGUCGACGAGCUGCUGCCGCUCUUCCCCGCGCCGCUGCUGGCGGGCGUCACAGCCACCUGCGUGGCGCUCUUCGUGGUGGGCAUCGCGGGCAACCUGCUCACCAUGCUGGUGGUGUCGCGCUUCCGCGAGCUGCGUACCACCACCAACCUCUACCUGUCCAGCAUGGCCUUCUCCGACCUACUCAUCUUCCUCUGCAUGCCCCUCGACCUCGUCCGCCUCUGGCAUUACCGGCCCUGGAACUUGGGUGACCUGCUCUGCAAACUCUUCCAGUUCGUCAGCGAGAGCUGCACCUACGCCACGGUGCUCACCAUCACCGCGCUGAGCGUCGAACGCUACUUCGCCAUCUGCUUCCCGCUGCGGGCCAAGGUGGUGGUCACCAAGGGCCGGGUGAAGCUGGUCAUCCUGGUCAUCUGGGCCGUGGCCUUCUGCAGCGCCGGGCCCAUCUUCGUGCUGGUCGGGGUGGAGCAUGAGAACGGCACCGACCCUCGGGACACCAACGAGUGCCGCGCCACGGAGUUCGCGGUGCGCUCGGGACUGCUCACCGUCAUGGUGUGGGUGUCCAGCGUCUUCUUCUUCCUCCCUGUUUUCUGCCUUACUGUGCUCUACAGCCUCAUCGGCAGGAAGCUGUGGAGGAGGAGACGCGGCGAGGCAGCGGUGGGCGCCUCGCUCAGGGACCAGAACCACAAACAAACCGUGAAGAUGCUGGCUGUAGUGGUUUUUGCUUUCAUCCUCUGCUGGCUGCCCUUCCAUGUAGGGCGAUAUUUAUUUUCCAAAUCCUUCGAGCCUGGCUCCUUGGAGAUUGCUCAGAUCAGCCAAUACUGCAACCUCGUCUCCUUCGUCCUCUUCUACCUCAGCGCCGCCAUCAACCCCAUUCUGUACAACAUCAUGUCCAAGAAGUACCGGGUGGCAGUGUUCAAACUUCUGGGAUUUGAACCCUUCUCCCAGAGGAAGCUCUCCACUCUGAAGGAUGAAAGUUCUAGGGCCUGGACAGAAUCUAGUAUUAAUACAUGA